AUGGACUCUCUAUCAACAGUUUUGAAUGUAGUAAAACAAGGGGAUUGGGCAAUAUCUCUCGAUCUAAAGGACGCAUAUAUGCAUAUCCCUGUAUUUCAAAAACACAGACAGUAUCUGAGGUUUUGUGUAAAAAAACAGCCCUUGCUUACAAUUUUCAGCUCUACCGUUUGGUCCAACAUCAGCUCCUCGAGUUUUUACCAAAGUAGUACCGGUAGUAGCUGCACAUUUACGAGCACAAGGCAUCAGACUAGUAGUAUACCUGGACGACUGGUUUCUAGUAAAUCAAUCAUCUCUCAUGUUAGUCCAGGAUCGAGAGAUAGUGUUGAAUCUUCUGGUAAAGUUGGGUUUCAUAAUCAAUCUAAAAAAAUCCUCUUUAACUCCAACACAGAAAAUAACAUAUAUAGGUGCAUUAUUCCUUCUGGAUUGAGGAAUGGUAAUGCCAACACAAGAAAGAGUGUUGAAAUUACUAAAAACAGUCAAAGUAAUGAACUUUUAAAAACAUGCAACAGCCAGAGAUUUUUUACAUCUACUUGGAAUUAUGGCUUCUUGCAUAGAGAUGAUUUCCUAUGCAAGACUUCAUAUGAGACCAAUUCAAAUUUAUUUGCUGAGUCAUUGGCGCCCCACUUCUCAAAAUCUGGAACUGAAUGUUCCAAUUACACAAUAUCUAAAAUCUCAUCUGAUUUGGUGGUCAGAUACAGCCAACAUUACAAAGGGCAGAUCUUUACAACACUGGGAAACUCAUGUGACCAUAACAACAGAUCUAGAUGCUUCUACAUCGAACGGUUGGGGUGGUCACAUGGAUUCCCAGAUAGUCCAAGGGACCUGGUCAGAUAUACAGAAAACUCAACAUAUCAAUUGUCUAGAGUUAGAAGCUGUACUGAAAACAAUACAACAUUUUCUUCCUCAGUUGAAAGGGAAAAAUGUACUUCUGCGAUGCGACAACUCGACUGUUGUACAAUACAUAAACAAAGAGGGGGGCACCAAAUCAAUUCAGCUUUGUCAAAAAACUUGGGAUUUGUUGAAACUCCUAAUAGAACACAAAAUUCAGAUAAAAGCAGCACAUAUAGCAGGCAAUGCGAAUGUGUUAGCAGAUCUUCUAUCACGGACAAAAAUAAGACACACAGAGUGGUCUCUUCAGGAGACUGUAGCUCAACAAAUUUUUGUCAGGUUAGGCAGACCAAUGAUAGAUUUGUCUGCGUCAGCGGAAAAUCGCAAAGUGAAAAUAUUUUGUUCAUGGUUUCCACACCCGGAAGCAUAUGCAAUAGAUGCUCUGUCCAUACCGUGGGACAAUGUGAUCGGGUAUGCAUUUCCUCCAAUCUGUCUAGUACCGAAAGUGCUUCAACACAUGAAACGGUACAAUUGCCCGCUAAUUCUAGUAGCUCCUCAUUGGCCGAGGAGACACUGGUACCCAGAACUGCUAAAAAUGAUAUCAGAUUAUCCCAUAAAAAUACCAGUUCAAAAAAAUCUACUACAUCAACCAAGAACAAAAAUAUACCAUCCAAGCCCAGAAAUAUUCAGUCUGGUUGCAUGGCCUUUAUCAACAGAAUUUUCAAAAAAAGAGGCUUUUCUAAAGAAACUAGACAACUCAUGUCAGCUUCUUGGAGAACAGGAACUCAAGAAGACUAUUCUAGUAAGUUCAAAAAAUUCUGUGGCUGGUGUAGUGAAAGGGAAAUUGAUCCCUAUUCUGCCUCUUUAAGAGAAACUGCAGAUUUUCUUACAAGUCUGUAUACCAGUGGUCUCCAGUAUAGUACGAUUGGGGGCUACAGAUCUAUGCUAUCAAGUGUUUUACCACCAGUCGAAAAAAUACCAGUAGGUCAACACCCAUACAUUAUUCGCUUAUUGAAGGGUGUUUUCAAUUCAAGGCCUCCCAGGGUCAAACUACUUCCUGAAUUGAAUUUAGAUAAAAUACUUGAGAUGUUAAAGAAAAAGCCUUUUGAACCAAUGAAAAAGGCUGAACUUAAGUUUAUCACAUGGAAAACUGUAUUUUUAAUUGCUAUCACUACUUUCUGGCGUUGCAGUGAUAUACAAGCCUUACGUUUGGGAGAUGGAAAUAUAUCUGUACAUAGCAGAGGAGUUUAUUUUAUUAGAGAAGGAUUGUCAAAACAAGACCGUCCUGGACAUUUUGGUGCUAAGAUUUUUGUAUCUGCCUUUGAGGCAGAAAAGCUUCUUGACCCUAAAAGGGCAUUAACUUACUAUUUAAAGAGCACUGACAAUUUUCGUGGUGAAAACAGACAAGAUAGUAAAUUGUUUUUAGCAAUUAGUAAUCCACAUAAUAAGCCAAUUUCAAGUCAAACAAUUUCAUCAUGGAUUGUAAGUACCAUUCAGAUGGCAUAUAACGACAAAAAGAAAUCUGUUAAAGCUCAUUCGACAAGAGCUAUUGGUCCUUCUUGGGCUCUUUAUAAAGGUGCAUCAAUGAAGAACAUCAUGGAAGCUGCUGAUUGGAGCAGGGAAUCCACAUUCACCAAAUUUUACUAA